UUAGGGAGUAAUAGAUACUCCAUAUAAUGGGUCUAUCAACUUCCAUUUGUCAUCCGCCCUAAUAAGGAAUAACCGAAACCCCUUUUGACAUCGUCGUAGAAACUCGCAACAGCAGAGUUCAUAUCUGUAACAAAGACGAUCGAAUGUGAGGUUCUUGCAUAAAUACCAAGAGAAGAACAAGUAGAAAAUGAGCGCACAAACGGCGCCGUAUCACCAGCCAGCGACGCUGGAAGAAGUCCGCACUCUCUGGAUUGGAGAUUUGCCUUAUUGGGCUGACGAGAACUAUCUCCGUGCCUGGUUUUCCCACACCGGCGAGGUCCUCUCAAUUAAAGUAAUUCGCAACAAAAUAACAGGACAGCCAGAGGGUUAUGGGUUUGUAGAAUUCACAUCACAUCAGGUUGCAGAAAGUAUUCUUCAGUCCUAUAAUGGAACCCAAAUUCCUGGAACUGAACUAACUUUCAGGUUGAAUUGGGCAUCUUCUGGGAUAGGGGAAAGGCGUACUGAUGGAGGCCCUGAACACUCCAUCUUCGUUGGAGAUUUAGCACCAGAUGUUACAGAUUAUCUGUUGCAGGAAACUUUCCGAGUUAGUUAUCCAUCAGUUAGAGGGGCCAAGGUUGUCACCGAUCCGAAUACUGGGCGUUCCAAGGGAUAUGGAUUUGUUAAGUUUGCUGAUGAAGCGGAAAGGAAUCGAGCAAUGGUUGAGAUGAAUGGUCUCUAUUGCUCAACUAGGCCCAUGAGAAUUAGUGCAGCAGCUCCAAAAAAAACAGCCACUGGCGUCCAGCUGCAGUAUGCUGCAACUAAAGCAGUAUAUCCAGCUCCCGCUUACACAACUCCUGUGCAGGCAGUCCCAGUGGAUAACGAUAUCAACAACACUACUGUUUUUAUUGGUAAUCUGGACCCUAAUGUUACUGAAGAAGAAUUGAGGCAGAUAUUCCUGCAGUUUGGGGAUAUUGUUUACGUUAAAAUCCCUGCAGCCAAGGGAUGUGGUUUUGUGCAAUUUGCUACAAGGACGUCAGCAGAAGAAUCAAUCCAGAGAAUGCAGGGUACUGUGAUUGGUCAACAAGUUGUCCGGCUAUCUUGGGGAAGGAGUCCAAUGGCAAAACAGGAUGUUGCUGGUGUUUGGGGUCACACAGAUCCAAAUCAAUUGAGUGCAUAUUAUGCAUACGGACAAGGCUAUGAUCCCUAUGCAUAUGGUGUCACGCAAGAUCCUUCAGCAUAUGCAUAUGGUGCAUAUGCUGGUUACGGACAGUACCCUCAUCAGACCGAAGGAGCUCCAGACAUGACUGCCUUAUCGGGAGUCGCUCAACCAGUGGAACACACAGAGGAACUUUAUGAUCCUUUGGCUACGCCUGAUGUUGACAAGUUAAAUGCUGCCUACCUUGCUGUUCAUGGAAGAGCUAUCUUAGGAAGGCCGUUGUGGCAGACCACCUCUCUGCUGCCACAGCAAACCUAGAAGACAUAUGAUGGACUCAUUACUGUUAUUGCGCUCUGGGAAGAAAAUUAUGUGCUGCAUUUGUAAUAUUUUGCAGUGAGACUCUGUACAGCGUUGCAGCCAUCUUUAGUUGCAAAUCAGAGUCUUGAGUUUAUUUGAGGCAUUAAAAAUCAUUAGCCGUUGAUGCAUCAUCCCCACUUCAGGCAAGGCGAUUGGCUUCGUUAGUUUUUGUUAUGCCAUCUGUCAUGUAUUGUUGGAAUUUAUAGAUUGUUCUGUUGCUGUAAUGUAAGGUUUGCCAGCGAUUUGAGUAGCAUUAUACAAAACGCAAAAACUUGCAUG